AAGUGUUUUGCAGAAUCAUUCCGUUUAUCAAUAUAUACCAACAACUCUAUUUUGUAUAUCUUGAACAUUUUGCCACGCAUUAAAUUUCCCGAAUGCAUAAACAUCCGCAGUCGAUUAAUCACUCCGGGUGCGCGUACCAACGCUUCCACCCCCAACGAAAGUUCGCGUCGACUCCCUGUCGAGCGACCCCGAUAUCUCAAUUUCCCGAAGAGAUCGCGCCGGAUGGAAAAUAAUAAAUUCUAAAGGAUCCACUCAUUCCCUCCCCCAGUGGGAGCCUGUUCGUUCCACCAUUCUAUCAACCCGUAUCUCACCCCACUUUCCGUCCCCCAUUAGCCACUCGCUAACUGGUAAUUCAUCCAGCAACAAGCUGGUCGAAUCGAGCGUAACGAUCAGUCUCGUCAUGCUAGCAUCAGUAGUAAAUCAAACUCUUGUCAGAGAAUUUGAGCGAUACUGGAUCUUUCUCUCUCUCUCUCUCUCUCUCUCUCUCUAUAUAUAUAUAUAUAUAUAUAUAUACUUCGCUCGCUCUUUCUCGCCCCGAAGCACGGCGAAACACGACCGUUCAUCCCCACCGGCGCCGAGCCACCGGACCGAGGCAACCCCCUCCCCCUGAGCACGCUGCUGUCUCUGCUAUCCUGACGAGCGGAACCAGUCGCUGUUCGAACCCCGAGGAGACCGACCGAGGAGCUGAUAUCCUGGACGUCGAUAGCAGGCACGACGCGGACGAUCGUGCCGAAACCCUUGGCCAUGAGCCCGCCCUCGGAAGCAUGCAGAAGCCAUUGAGAGAGCUGGGCCGAUUGUGCCUCAGUGCGGGUGAGCAGAGCAACGACGUCGUCGCGGAAGUUUGUACAGAGCCUCGUGGUGGACUUCCUCUGCUGCAAGUAUGGCCGAGCGAUUCGCCGAGAGGCGAAGCCGACGGACAGGCACAGGCAUUCGUGUUCCCGGAUGUCCAAGAGAACGUCAACGACAGUGGCAUCGAAUCCAUACAGGCGUCGCCGUCUCCGUGCGGUGUAGCCGGCACUAGUCCAGCCGCCACGCCUCAACAAUCCAGACGCGCCAGUUUACUCCAUCCGGAUCACGCUCGACUGCAAUUGCACCAUUUGCAUCACAAUCAUCACAAUUCCGGGGUCAAGAGUCCGCCGACACCGGACCGAACGUCAAUCGACGAAGAACCUCCGCUUCCGCCCAGUCCCUCGAGUUCAACUACCAGCAGUUUACGUUCGAUGACCAGUUCCGCGAAUGCUCAGAUGCAAGAUAGAAGACGUAGCAGCAGGUACAGCAUGUUCGAUGCCCUGGACCUGGAGUACGCGUUGCUGAGGGCAGCGGCCCGUGGUUCCGUCGGUCCUUACUCCCUGUCGGAGUCUCUGCACAAGCUAACGUUCACGCAGAGCCUGGCGUUCCCGGCGCUGGCCCGUGGCCUCGCCUCGAAGCAGAGCGUGCCAACCAGGAGACCUCAGCAGCACACGGAGAGUGGACUGAACGCGUUCGCGAAGGUGGUCACCGCUCUGGUGUUGGUCCUCGUGAGCGUGCUGGUGUUCGGCGUUGUGUACAAGUUCGUAAGAACGUGAGGAUGGCUGCUGGUGCCCGAUCGGCCAGCUGGCUCCUCGCAGGAGUUCGAUCGGCCGGGCACCAGCGACGCCUUCGACCAGUGACUCGUUUUGGCCGAUUGUUUGGCGCAUUAAAUCGACUUCCAGUCGGCCAAAGCUCGUUGAACACACGAGCACACCUGGCGAAAUAACGUGGAACAUCCAUCGAUGUAUAGUACUCGAUGACGGUCGUUGGACGUACGAGUGGAGUUUGAAACAGAAUUCGAGAACAAAGGUGAAUCUUCACACGGGUGCUUGUCACGGGGCCUAGAUUGAAGAACAAUCAAAUUGUUGAGAUAUCAUUGUUGCCAAUGUUGCUCUGGAAACGUAGUGGAUGACUGUUGAUCCCGUGACUGUUGAUCAUAUACGGGCGACAUUUCAUCUGAAUUUUAUACUGAAAGUCUCUUUCUGUACAAGUUGAAGAUCGUUUCGUUCGUUGGAAUGAGAACACUGGACUGGAGAAUCGUAGCAAACGAUUGGAUUGUUUAUAGCGUUUGAUAUAAAUGAGACUCUAAUUACGAUUCAGUAUUUCAAGCUGCACUGUCAUUGUCUCUGUCUCUCUUUCUCUCUCUCUCUCUCUCUCUCUCUCUCUCUCUCUCUCUUUCUAUCUGUCAAAAUUCUGGUUUAUACUCAGAGCCACGUGAUUCUUAAACGAAGCACGUUAAACAUUCGUUACACUGCCGGCCAUAAGUAUUGGGAUAUAUUUGACAAAUUUUAUUUCGCUACUGUGACGCCACUGUGAUUUUCAACUCGCUACAGUAGAUUUACAGUAAAUCAACUGGAAAGCAGAAGCAGUUCAGUGCAGAGAAAAAUGUUCAAUUUAUACUAAAUACCAAUACCUGUGGCUGACAGUGUAUUCUCGCCCAAAAAUUUUGGAGCACGUCAGAAUCUCGAGAAACGGUCACAAAAUAAAAAAGAGUAAAUAGAUAUUAUAUUCACAACGCUGGUAAUUAAUUGUACUUAAUCGAUGAAAUGAUAGUUGUAACGCUCUAAUUCCCUAAAUUCAAAGGAUUGGUUUCAACCAACAAAUCGGAGGAUUCUCCAAACAUUUGAGCGAGAGUAUACGCGCACCACCUGUAGCUACACGUAGCUUUGGGGUAAAGAAAUCACGCGUAAUAACACGUGUUAAAUUAUACAGAAGGAUGACGUGUCGAGUUGUAUACCCAGUUCUUCGAGGCCCACAAAGUCGAACAGAAUUAUUCAAGUCUGACAUACGACCAGUUACGAUAGAAACGCAAAAAUGAUGCGACGUGUGGUCGAAAUUAAUGCGAAAUCGAACGAGCUUUCCAAGAAACAAACAGUACAAAGUGGAAGGAGCCAGUUGUUUCGACGAGCGAGACAGAUGGCUGGCCAAUAUUGGAGGAAAAGCAAAGAAACGUAAAUAAAAUCUUGACGCGACAUUCAACGACGGUGUUAACGAGCGUUUUUACCGGAGAGAGACUGGCGCACCACGCGAUCGUUGAACGAGAAUUUAUCGUCGCUGCGAAAUCGCUCGACGCCAUUUCCAUUUUCCAAAUGAAAAACGUACGUUCGUGGACACAUAAACGAAUAAGGGACUAGCUUGGCAAGUUUUAUAACGGCGAACUUUCUACUGAGUUAUCGAAAAUCUAUCAAACGCUUCGAGCUUAUGGUAGAACUGUAUUUAUCGGAGCGAGAUUUCAAUGUUGCGCUGGAUGAAACAAAUAAUCGAUUUCCAGUUGGAUUCGUAUGUCUGAAUGUGGAUUUUUGAAUUGUUUGAAUGAAAUUUCCGUUACGAUUUAUCACACACAUUCUUGGCAACGUACAGUUUAUAUUCUACGAUUAAAAAUUUGUUUCCUCGAUUUUGUUUCAUUAUUACUCUUCUAUCGACACAUUUGUUAUUCAAGUUAUUUUUAUGUUUAAAUUAUUUUUACAUUACUAAUGCAGAAUGCUGUAAAUCUGCUAGUGACAGAUGCAUUUUUCCAGUUCAUUAUAGUUUCGACUUUGGCCGAAUUAUGACGAUAGAUUAGUCACAAUUUGUGUAUUUAAAAAAAAGAAAGUACGAAAUAACUAAAAAGUUUGAAAGACAAAAGUAACGAGGACGUGCCUUUGGUAAUGAUUCGAAGCACAAGAAAGAAUAUAUACAGUUUAUGUUUGACAAUUUAUAUAAUUGUCCAGAAAAGAAUACAUCUCCAAAUAUUUGAUCUAACUGAUUUCCUUGAUCUCUAAAUAAACAGAAUGUAGUAUCAAAAAUUGUCCAUUCGGAUGUUUCUCUGUUGCGAGAAAUACUCGUUCGAAUAAAUCAGAUUCUACUGUAAACUGCUGUGAAAAUGUGUCACGACGCGUGUCGAACAAAGCGCGCGUUAAUUGAAUGAAAAUUCGUGACUCUUCAAGUGCUUUACACGAUAUAUUCUAUCCCGAUGACAAUCGCUCCGAUAUUUAGUCUCCGUAAUUUUAAGGGAAAUCGCGGCGAGAUAUUUGAAACUCGCGAAAGCGCUCAAUGUAAUGGAGUCGCGGAUGCGAUCGCGAAAUUAUCGCAUCGGACGCUUCUCCCGCUUCGUGCGGUAAAUGUCACAUUAAAAGCAGCCUGUUCGAGCAUUCCUUCGCUAUUUAACAGCGGCUCGACGUGAAAUCUAGAAAGAAAAACCUGUCCCCUUGCGUUCCGUCGAAGCGUGUUCUCUCUCGUAAUUUCGAUACUUUCACGAAUUAUACUUUCCUCAUCGUCACAUUGAUUCUUCGUGCGAUUUCAAUCGUCAGGAAGUUGAAAUUUUUCUUCCUACGCGGUUCUUUCACAUUUCUUCCCAUCCUGCGUUGAACACGAGAUACGAUUUACUUUUUGUAAGCGCAGGAAACGCGUCGAGAUUGUUAACGUUUAAAUGGAUUUCUUCGAUUUUUGAUCCUUCGAUUUUGAGCCGAGAAACGAGAAUCACUUGUAACGUGUGAUCUUCAUUUUUUUCGAAUUUCUCUGUCAAAGGAAACGAAUAAUAAUUUUUAUGUUAUAUUUGCAAAUAACGAAUACAUCGUCGUUGGAGUGUAAAAGAUUAAAUUCAACUCGAUUACGAGCAAUAGUUACAUCGAAUUUCUGUAUUCAGGUUUUCUCUGUUUGUUUAUUCUCGUCAUUCUGCAGCGCACGUUAUUCGUAUAAUAACGCUUUUCCAUUUAAAUCUUAAUGCAAUCUCGAUACGCGCUCGAUCGAAAUGCAUUUCGUUCACACUUCGAAAUUCAUCGCAGAGAGAAACGUUUUCUCCAAGCUUACGUACCGUCGACACUUUAUAACAUGAUAAUCGUGAAACGUACAUGUAUACACGUAUAUUCUAUAUAUAACGUAUAUUGUAAAUAUAUAUAUACAAGUAUUAACGAAGGAGCGCCUUCGAUUCUUUGACGUUGUGUUGUAUAUUAAGCAACGAAGUUUCUAAGGUAAUCCUCGACGAAUCGUCACGCUUGCAGAAGAAAGAGAACGUGGUCGUUUCUUUUUUAAAUGUGAAACACUAAAAGUGUGUAUGUACUAUAUAUAUAUACACACAUACAUAUACCACACUACGAAGUAGAAGAAAUAGAGAGAAGAAUUUUUUUCACCUCUUGAGAUUAAAAAUUCUGAAAAGGAUCAGGCCAAAAGUUUUCAGAGGAAAUAUUUUUUCACGAGAAACAAAAGUUACACGGAGGAGAGAAACGAAAAAUCGUUUCAGAUGAGAUGAAAUAAUAAAAAAGAGUAAUUUACUUUUCGCUCGAUGACCGCGGUUCUUGUCGUUGUAGAAUUAUAAAUGUAAAUCGAUAUAGUCGCUGUAAUUGUUUCUGUUCUAAUUUUGGAGAGAAUUCCUUUUUUUCGAGAGAAAUCUGUCGAACUGUUUCACACCUUUCGUCGAUCCAUCGCUUCGUAUUGUACAAAACUUUCGACUUUGUGCAAAGCAACAUUCUGAAUAAAGUUUUUUCCAAUAA